AUGGAAGUGCUUGAAGGCCUGCGAGUCAACCGGGAUAUCCAUGCUGAGAUUGCGACCGUUGAACUAGAGGACAGGGAGCACCAAGGGGGCUGGGUGAGAGUGAGGGUGGAGCAGAGCUGGUUCGUUGUGGAGCGGGCCUUGCUGGCCAGGUACAGUGACUACUUCCGUGCUCUCUUUCAGUCUGGGAUGACAGAAAGUCGUCAGGAUGAAGUCCACCUGAAGGGAGGAGUGCAUGCAAGGGGUUUUCUCACUGCCCUUUCUGUCUGCAGGGGAGAGAUUCUCACCAUCAGUGACCCGGAUGAGCUUAUAGAAGCUGUAGAGUGUGCUGCUUUCCUGCAGGUUGCAUGUUUGGUGCAACAUCUUUGUGAUAUUAUUGAUUCAGACAACUGCCUCUUGCUUUACUAUGCAGCCUCCAUCUUUGGGGUACAUAAGCUGUUUCAAAAUGCAGCUCUUUUCCUUUGUGAUGCUUUUGCUGAUUUGAAGGAGGCAGCAGAGAGUACAAUUCCUGAAGAACUUCUUCAGUAUUCUCAGUCAUUGUCUCCCUCUACUUAUAUUGCUAUAGGCACCCACUCUCCUUCCAUGGAACAGCUACGUGACUCCUUUAGGGUUGUGUGCUACCUUGAUGAAAAAGAGGGAGAGUGGAAGCAUUUAACUAACCUCCCAACUCUCUGUAGCACCUCCAUGGCUGGUGUGGCUGUGCUUGACAAUCGAUUGUACAUUGUAGGGGGAGUUUACGGUUAUGGUAAGGGCACAGUGGACAGCAGCUUUUGCUAUAACCCUGACUCGGGGGUCUGGACUGCUCUUCCUGGACCCCAACAACCAAGAUAUGACUUCACCCUGCUCGGGCAUGAGGGCCGACUCUAUGCCAUCGGCGGCGAGUUCCAGAAACGGAUCAUUUCUACAGCGGAGAGUUAUGACACUGAGAAGGGAGAGUGGACAUUUAUACAACAUGCACCAAGACCUGUAGCAUCUGCAGCUAGUGCUAUUGCAAGACGGAGGAUGUUUGUUUGCUUCUGGAAACCACCAGAUACCACAGAUAUCUAUGAGUAUGUGCCAGUAAAAGAUGAAUGGAAACUUGCCACCACAAUGAUCAGACCUCAAAGCUACGGCCAUUGUAUGGUAGCCCACAGGGACAAUUUAUAUGUGAUGCGCAAUGGGCCUUGCGAUGACUUCCUGCGCUGCCUAGUGGACUGCUACAAUAUCACGACCGGCCAGUGGACAGCCAUGCCCGGACACUACAUAAACAGCAAGGGGGCAUUGUUCACUGCAAAGAUAAGGGGGGACUCGGUGUUCACAGUCAAACACAUGCUAACUCUCGAAUACACCAUCACUGGAGAUGGAUGGAAGCCCUGCAGGCAGAUGAAGGGAUUUCCAAAGAGUGGUUCACUGUGGACGUGUUUACUCAGGCUUCCCAAGACGGGACCAGUUAUACCACAGCUGGAUGCAGAAAGGAAGGAAGAAGAAAUGUCUUUGCCAGACACAUCUGAGGGAUUUGUGGAAGCUAUACCACAGCCGUGAAAUUACAGCUCAACUGAAAAACAAUGUGAUGUUUUUUAGGGUUUCUAAACACUGAAAAAAAAAC